AAGAUGGAGAACCGUCCCGAUGAGUGGAAGAUUGAGCAGGGUUUGACUGGGGCGUCCUUGCCUGUUCUCGACAUGACCGGGCCGGAGACGAGGGCUAUUCCGCCUGCCGAAGUGCAAAAAGAAUUCAAGGAUGAGGACGCGAUCAAGGCGGUAGGAGACCCCAACGAGCUUUUUCAAAUGGAGCGCACGGGUUGGAAAGGCUUCGUCGAGUGGGAAGAGUACCCUGAGAAAAAGGCCGCGGCGCAUAAAAUAUUGACGUCUCAGAGCUUUCCCGGCGCACCUGAGUAUCAGAUGACGGAGAUCCCAGCGACGAACCCACUGCUUGAUGGAGAGCGGUGGAAAUUGUGGCAUUCCGCCAUUGGGGGCGAACUCACGGUGGUGCCCAACGACUCGUGGAAGAUUGUACUCGAGGAGAAGCAUGCAGAUAUGCUACACAUCCUCCAAUUUCCCUACAACGGGGAACCGCCCAAGCGACUGGUCACGAGCAAGCCCGUCACGCCAAACCCGUUGCACUUUGUGCGCAACCACGGCGGCAUCCCCAUCAUCGACAAACAGAACUACAGCUUCCUUCUUGAUGGACUUGUCUCCCACCCACAGUCCUUUACGCUCGACGAGCUAAUGGACGAGACCCGGUUCCCACGUAUGAAGAAGCACGUCACUAUGCAGUGCUCCGGCACGCGACGGAUUGAGCAGAUCACCAGGUAUCCCGGUAAAGGCGACGAGCUGCCCCAAGCACCGUGGGCUGAAGGUGCCAUCGGUACCGCCGAGUAUGAGGGCGUGAGCCUAAAAAAGAUCAUCAAGGCAUGCGGCGGACUCAUUGACGACGGCAAGCACCUCGAGUUUUUCGGGGCAGACACGUACUUCAAGGAUAACGAGUGCAUGAACUAUCGCGUGAGCGUCCCUUGGUCGAAGGUCAAGGCCAACGAGGUAAUGCUAGCGUGGAACAUGAACGGCGAGCCCCUGCCGAAGAUUCACGGGUACCCGCUACGCGUCGUCGUGUUUGGCUACAUUGGUGCUCGCAGUGUCAAGUGGCUAUAUCGCAUCAAGGCUAUCAAUGCACCGACGCGAGCACCAGUGCAGAGCAAGGAGUACCUCUACUUUCCCCAACAGGUCGGCAAAUACAACAUGCGCCUGACUGACGGCAUCCAGAUCCAGGAAAUGCCGGUUAGUUCAGCGAUCAUGUCCCCAUGGACCAAACAGGUUGUGAUUCACGAGGGCUCCAUUCGCUGCAAAGGCUGGGCGUAUUCUGGAGGUGGACGCUGGCCCGAACGGGUUGAGCUAUCUGCCGACGGAGGCUUUAGCUGGUAUACGGUCCCACCAGAGAACCUGUCCAAGAAGCGCAAGUGGACCUGGCGUACAUGGGAAUUCGAUUUGCCCUGCGACGUCGAAGGAUGGAUCGAUGUCCUGGUCCGGUGCUGGGAUAACGCGCUUAAUACGCAACCACCGGAUGUCCGCACGGCUUGGAACUGGGGACUCCAUGUGACCAGCUCCUGCCAUACCAUUAAUUUGUACAGCGUCAACAAGAAACAUCCGGCCACCCGCGCCCGCCUGGAAGACAUGGAGAGGAACCAGGUGCCGCUGGCACCCAUCACAGUUCCGCUGAGCAUUCCCUCUCAGUCGUGGGACGACUAUGAGAAAUUUUGGAGGAAGCACGAUCCGCGCGAUGCCGACGAAGAUUGAGCUGGAGACU